CGCCGCCGCCGCCGCCGACGCCGCCGCCGCCGCCGCCGCCGCCGGAGCUCUGUAGUAUGGCAUCGAGGAGAAUGGAGACCAAACCUGUGAUAACCUGUCUCAAAACCCUCCUCAUCAUCUACUCCUUCGUCUUCUGGAUCACUGGUGUGAUCCUGCUGGCCGUUGGAGUCUGGGGCAAACUCACUCUUGGCACCUAUAUUUCCCUUAUUGCCGAGAACUCCACAAAUGCUCCCUAUGUGCUCAUCGGAACUGGCACCACUAUUGUCGUGUUUGGCCUGUUUGGAUGCUUUGCCACAUGCCGUGGUAGCCCAUGGAUGCUGAAACUGUAUGCCAUGUUUCUGUCUCUGGUGUUCCUGGCUGAACUCGUGGCUGGCAUUUCCGGGUUUGUGUUUCGUCACGAGAUCAAGGACACCUUCCUGAGGACUUACACUGACGCCAUGCAGAAUUACAAUGGCAACGACGAGAGGAGCCGGGCGGUGGAUCACGUGCAGCGCAGCCUGAGCUGCUGUGGGGUGCAGAACUACACCAACUGGAGCACCAGCCCCUACUUUCUGGAGCACGGCAUCCCCCCGAGUUGCUGCAUGAACGACACCGAUUGUAAUCCCCAGGAUCUGCACAACCUGACUGUGGCCGCCACUAAAGUGAACCAGAAGGGUUGUUAUGAUCUGGUGACCAGUUUCAUGGAGACCAACAUGGGAAUCAUCGCUGGAGUGGCUUUUGGGAUCGCAUUCUCCCAGCUGAUUGGCAUGCUGCUGGCCUGCUGUCUGUCCCGCUUCAUCACGGCCAACCAGUAUGAGAUGGUGUAAGAAGUCUUUCAAGAAUGAUGGAAGAAGAGAUCUGUUUUCGAAAGGAACUGCAGCAAUCUUUGAAAGACUUCCAAAGAAUGUUAGAGCACAGUACAUAAUACACCUGUCCUAACCCCCUCACCCCGUGCAACUGACACUCCCACACAGUCUCUGCUCCACCUUUGAGCCUGCAUCAUGCGUAGCAUUCCAUCUUGUGAAGCCCUGUUGUGCCAGAGUGUAGCCAGGUUCCCUGCAUCUAGUCCUAGGGGACCCCGCAUGUAGUGUGGGAGGCUCCUGUUAGCCCUUGAUCAUGAUUGAUAAAUGCCGCACCCCCCCUAGAUGUAGAUAAGCAGAUAGCUAUCUGUUCUUUUGGCUUAAUCUCCUUUGGUUGGGUUUUCCCUUUUACUAAGGCUCUUUCCUACCUUCUUCAGGCUGCCUAGGACAUGUAAAGAGAUACAUUGGUAAUUGUCCAUGAGGAGAAAAAGGCACGUGUCAUGCACGAAGGAAGUUGUCGAGCUUUGGGUGGCAUCCUUGCUCCUUACUGUUACAUGCCUGGGAACUUAUAGACAGUUUAGUGCACCUGUAUAAUCCUGUUACAAAGCUGUAUUGUUGCUUCCUGUGAAGGAAAUAAUAUUACUUCUGUUUUUCCCCAAUUAACUGCUAUUGUUAUUUUACUUCUUUCUAUAUUUUUUCUUUGCAUUGACAUUACAGACAUCGAGGACCUCAUCAAAUCAAUUUAAAAAUGAGUGUGAAGGGGGAACAAAAGUCAAAAUAUUUUUAAAAGAUCCUAAAAAACAAUUCCUCUGUCUCGCAUGCCAACAAGAAUGCAUUGAUAUUGUGAACAUUUGUGAUACAUGUGUUAAUAAAUAGUCAUUACAAA